UCAGUAUCCGCUAGCCAUAGCAGCGAACUCAACGAAAAUGAUUUUUUAUAUGUGCAUUUUAUUAAUUAUCUGUGGUGUGGAAUCUUCAAAAUCUGUUAAAGGACUCUAUUGCCAAGACCCAGAUACGAAAAAAUUAUAUCCAGUAAACGCGACAUGGCCCUCAGAAUCAUUUUGUGGAAACUACACGUGCAAAUUAAGAAAAAUAAAUCAUACACAAACAGAAUACAUGCCUAUAAAGAAAAUAAAUAUAACAGAUGAUAUUAUCUUAAGUGAGCUCAAUGACAUGAGUACAAGUCCUAGUCAAAAGAACUUUGUAAAAACGACUUUGCACGAAGACAAACGACCAAUUUUUCAACCAAAUUCUCUUCAAAACAAAAACGAUAUCAAAGGAACUUCUAGAGCAGAUGAUAAUGAUGAUAGAUACUUAACUGAAGAGGAAAUAAAAACUAUCACAGACAUACUACAUACAGUAAAGAAAAGUGAUUUAGAAGCUAUAGUAGAAAUAUAUAACUUGGCACAGGAUAUUUAUAAGGAUUCUGAUGGAGGUACAUCCGAAAAGAAGAAUCAAAAGAGCACUGAAGUAUAUAAAGAAGUCGAGUCAAACAAAAAUAGUAAUUAUAAGUCAUAUUUUUAUAAGCCUCUGCAUCAAAUUCACAUGGACGAAAAUUCAACUGGCAAGACAAAAAAAGUGACGCUACCACUUCCAACUGCAAAUUAUCGGCAACCGUUCACAUAUUUCACUCCACCCUUCACUGACAAAGAUUUUGGAAAACUGCCAUAUUAUUAUCCAAUGUCACAUUUUCAUAGAACUGCAUCCAAUGCGUAUAGCAGACCAUACACCACACCUGUGGUACCAACAACGCGACCCUGUACUAGAAAACCACCAUCUAAAUUGCUACAAUUACCAUGGUAUGAUCGGACUAUAAUUCGACCUUACGUAAAACCACAACGCUUAGCUUCUCCACGUCCAAUGCUGCUCCCAUAUCCAUUCUCAUACGUUCAUAACUAUAAUUACAACACGUAUCCUCCCAGUUAUUACUAUCACAAUUACCCCUGGGCACAAUUAAAUAGUUACAAUAAAAAAGGUUACUACCCUUACUUUGGUUAUGUAGCUAAAACACCCAUAGUAGAUAUUGACUCUGAAAAUAAAAAAGACAAAGAAAGCGUUGAAGAUACAAAAGAUAUCAAAUCAGAUGAUGAUUUACCGGAAUGGCAGACUGAACCACUCUCUGCUAAUGUAUUAGAAGAAGUUAAAGCUAAUGUAUUACAAAAAUCUAAAUUAAUCAAAUCAUCGGGAAAGACUGUGAAAUUAGAGAGAGUUGGUAAAGUUAUUAAAAUUGAUGAAUUGACGAGAGAAAAGAGACAUGUGAUAACUGAUACAACGGACAAUGAAGAGUAUGAAGCUUAUCUGGCUAGUACAAUAUGUCAACCAAGUACUGAACCAGGAUUCUUCCAAGUCGGCAAUCUUUCUGCACCGUUUCCUGCCUGUUGCCCCAAAAAAAUCUGACAGUGACUAAAGUAAUAUAAAAUCGAUAUUUUUUAAACUGGCAAACAUUUUUGCUACAAAGAUCUGUAAUUGUAAAUGUAGAAAGGAAAGAUCUGCUUGAUUAGAAGUAAAUUUAAUGCUGUGGUGAUAGCGUUAUUUUAAUUUAGCCUUUUUUGUGAAUAACUUUUAAGGUGUAAUUUUCUACUUCACAACGUUAAUGUUAAUUUAUUUAAGUGUCGACCCAUCAUUGAUAGUUUCAUUGAAAAUUAGGAAUGAAUUCCUGUACAAAAAUUUGAAAUACUACCGUUAAAAAUUGUAUGAAAAAACUACAAUCAUUUUGAUUGUUGAAGAACAAUUUUCGUUCAAACUUUUUAAUCAGCUUAUACCUAUUUUUGUUGAAAUUCUAUUCCAAUAAUUUGGAGUAAGAUUUUAAAAUAGCUCGUUAAAAAUAAACCUUUGUGUUAAAUACUAAGAUAAAUCAUCAAGUUUAAGUUUUAUUGUUAUUUAUUGUAUUCUAUGUUAUGAUGGCUGCACAAUAAUAUUAUGUCUGAAUGAAUUGAUAAAUACGGCAAUUAUUAAUAUCAGGUAGUCUAACAUAAAGGCUUAUUUUACUGUUUCAAGAACAAAAUCGAAUAGGUUAGGUUAGGAACUUUUUAGCGGGAAGGGACAUGCGAGGUAAAACUGCGUAAAACUGCGCCAAACCACGGUAAUUGAAAAUAACUGCGUGGAAUGGAAAGUGAAAUUCCGCUGA